AAUUGUGCGACAGAAACUGACCCACGGCGGUUGUUUGCAAACACAUGUGUGGUGAAAAUGGUUAGAUUUAAAUCAAGGUAUCUACUUUGUGAAGUAUGUGUGGAGAACCGAAGCAGCCUGUUGCUGCUGGAGGAGAAAGCAAUUUAUCACGCCGUGAAAGCGGCGGUGGCCCGAGCGCACGGGGACUACGGUGCAGCAUUGCUCGUUUUGAGCCACGCAGUGAAGUAUGUGAAUGCUCACACGGGCAUCGUACUGAUCCGCUGUAGAAAGAGUCACUAUCGGGUCGUCUGGUCUGCAUUGCCCUUCAUCAGCUUUCUGGAAAACAGAGGACAGAAAGUCCAAUGUUUCCUCAACUGUUUGCAUGUUGGAGCCGAGAGAGACGAGGUGCGAAGAGCUGUGCUGAGCUGCUCUCUUGGGAAAGAGAAGGACGUUGAAGAGGAAGAGAUGGAGGACGACUGGGAAGAUGAGUGACCAUGCAAGACACAGGUGUCAAAAGACCCAGUUCAGAGGUUAAAACCCUGCCACAAUAUUACAGUUAGCUGAUUCAGAGUUGGUUGGAUCAGAUUUUGUUGCAGGUUUUUAUUUUCUGAACCUGGAAUUUCAUACACCCGUGGAAGUGGAUGCUGAACGCUGGGGUCUUCAAAGAGGACAAUGAGGGUUCAUGCCCCUUGGCUCUCUCCCCCUACACCACACUGUGCUGUGGGCUGGCCAUACACACUGCCUCAAAAGCAAUAUGCAUAUGCACAUGGACAUGGGCGUAAACUUAACUGAUUUCCUUCAUUAAUGAUGAAACUGAUGUUGUUGGGUAUGCAAUAUUGAUGUGUUCAUGGUUGAACUGUUACUCAGUAACAUCAAAUUAAGUUGUUGUUUUUUAUCUCCCAUUUUACUUUCAUUCAAAGCUGCAUUGAAAGAAAAACACAAUUUAUUUUUUGCAUUUUCUCGUCAGCUUGCCUAAUGAAGUAAAACAAAAUCCCCAACUAAUAUUAUUUAAAUUUUAAAUUUAAAUUUAAACUUUCAGAGACCUUGGGAUAUGUCACCACUUAGGUGAACCAUGGUAUGCAUCUAGUCUUGUUAGUUGUCUUGUUUGUAAAUAAAACUUUACUGUGUAAAGUGGGAUCCCCUACCACUGUCUAAUUUACAUUUCCAUUUAGUGCACACACAGAUUUGCGGCAGUAAUAAAACCACUCACAUGCCAGACA